GUACUCUAAAUUUAACGAGCACAUCCUGUUUGUAUUGUAUCAAGACUCAAGAGUAACAUAAUUGAAUACUUGUAUUAUUCACUGUUACACUGUAAUUUGUAAUUGUAACUUUCUUCCUAGAAACGUCUUAGUAUACUCUACUUAUAACAACUCAUUGAUUAGUAACAUUCCAUUUUGUCUCUCUCUCUCUCUCCAAAUCUUCUUCGCUCUCUCUCUCAAUCGCCGAUUUUCCAGCAAUUCGAAGAUGCCGUCAAGAAGAAGAACACUCUUGAAGGUCAUAAUUCUUGGCGAUAGCGGAGUGGGGAAGACCUCUUUGAUGAAUCAAUAUGUGAAUAAGAAGUUCAGCAAUCAGUACAAGGCCACUAUAGGUGCUGAUUUUUUGACAAAGGAAGUGCAGUUUGAUGAUCGCCUUUUCACUUUACAGAUAUGGGAUACAGCUGGACAGGAAAGAUUCCAGAGUCUUGGUGUUGCUUUCUAUCGAGGUGCAGACUGUUGUGUUCUUGUAUAUGAUGUCAACUCUAUGAAGUCUUUUGACAAUCUAAACACCUGGAGGGAAGAGUUUCUUAUACAGGCUAGCCCUUCAGACCCAGAAAACUUCCCCUUCGUUGUCAUUGGAAACAAACUUGAUGUUGAUGGUGGAAACAGUAGAGUGGUUCCAGAGAAAAAGGCACGGGCAUGGUGUGCAUCUAAGGGGAAUAUUCCUUACUUUGAGACCUCGGCGAAAGAGGGAUUGAAUGUUGAAGAAGCUUUCCAGUGCAUAGCGAAAAAUGCCUUGAAGAGUGGUGAAGAAGAAGAAAUAUACUUGCCGGACACAAUCGAUGUUGCAAAUAACAACCAGCAGAGGUCAAGUGGAUGCGAUUGUUAAAAACAAAAUUGUGUUUGUCCCCUUUCUCCUCUCCCCUUUCUAUUUUCAAUUUUUGAUGUGUAAUAAGAUUUUUCGGAAUUUGUAGCGUUUGAUCCCCCUUUUUCAUACUGAAUCGAGCAGUUGUGUAUAUUACAAUCAUUUGACACAUUUUCAGAAGUUGAAGCCCUGGCGUGAUUCUCUUG